GCAGGGGCCUGAUGUCUACAAAGCAGGUGCAUGGAAUCUAGAAUCUAGUUUUCAGCUGAGGAAGUGGGCUGGUCCUACGCCUCCUAUGCCUAUAAAUACUCCAGAAGCCCCAUACUUUGUGCCUUGUUGUGCCUAAUUCCGACAUGGCUUCAAGGAGCUUCUUAUCUGAAGAGUCCAGGCUUGCUCUCAAUCACAUAACAUCUUUUCAGCUGAAUAUCAGUGAUGCCUAUUUAUCAAUGAGACCCGAUAUACAAACCUGGGAAACUGGCAAAGCAGCUAUCAAGACUGCUCUAGAUCUUGAAAAGCAACUAGACUUGCUUCUCAAAGACCUCAACACACUGGCUGAAAGGAACGGUGAAGCUGGGGUCAACGACUUCCUGAGAGAAUUCUUGAUGAAGCAAAAAAAUAACCUCAGUUACCUGGAUUAUCAACUUUCUUAUCAGCAGCACUUAGAAGAGAAGGCCCAGGAGGAGGCAGAAGCAGAAGCAGAGCGUCAGCAACAAUAAAGCAUUUCCCAAAAGCCUGCUAAACACUCCCAUUAAAAGACUUAACAUCUGAAGCAAACACAUGUCUUUUCCUUUGUAGAA